ACGUCACCAGAGCUAGAGCAGACGCUCGUUCUAUUAUCAUCACAUCGUUCUGUCCUCGGAUACUUCCUACUUUCGCGUGGGGACCAUGUUAGUAUCAUACAUCAUUCAGACGUCGUAUUUGAGGGAGAGCAUGGGGCGAAGUACGCGAACGUUAUAGGCAAGAUGGUUGAGAGCGUGCAGGCAGGCUUGGAGGAAGUGAGCGGGUCAGAAAACGAUGGGGACCAUAUUCGCUUCAUGAAGAUACGGAGCAAACACUAUGAAAUCAUGAUUCGCCAGGUCAAUGAAAGAUAUCUUCUCGCGGUGUUGCAUGACCCCGCUUCAUGA